AUGCCAGAACAACAGCAACAACAAGUGAAAAGAAGGAGAGUCACAAGAGCUUGCGAUGAGUGUAGGAAGAAGAAGGUUAAAUGUGAUGGUCAGCAGCCCUGUAUUCACUGUACUGUGUAUUCCUAUGAGUGUACCUACAACCAGCCAAGCAAGCGGACAAAUAGUUCAGUCACCGGUAGCAUGAGUGCUACAAACAUCUCGUCACAAAAUAUGUUAUCCACUUUGAAUAUUCAGUCAGGUAGCGCUGCAUCUUCCGCAGGGACUAGAAAGUAUAAUACCAAAAGUUCUAAGUUACAACAUCAAAUUGAUAGAUACAGACAAUUGUUCAACGAAAUGUUGCCGGGAAUGCCAUCAGAUAUUAAUACAGUUGAUAUUCCAACAUUUAUACAAAUUUUGAGGAAUUUUAAAGGAAACUCUAACAGUUUUCUCGAUGACGUUGUGAAAGAGUAUCGUCUAAUUGUAGACAAUGAAUCUGAACAGACGGCAUCCCUACAAUCGCCAACUUAUUCGAGCCCUGAUCCCUUACAUAGAAGUACAAGUACCGCAAGUGUUAACGGUAUUGCUCUAGAAAGAAGUGUUACGCCUCAAUCAAUAGGACGAGAAAUCAAAAUUAUUUUGCCCCCAAAACCAAUUGCUUUACAGUUUGUUUACAACACUUGGCACUCGUGUUUUGUACUUCUGAGAAUUUAUCAUAGGCCAUCAUUUUUGAAGCAAUUGGAUGAAUUGUACGAAACUGAUCCUCAUAAUUAUACUGUAGAACAAAUGAAAUUCUUGCCCUUAUGCUAUUCAACCAUGGCAGUAGGUGCUCUGUUCUCCAAAUCGACUAUUAGCAAAAAUAAUUAUACCAAAGGACAAGAUGAUAAAAACAAAUUCUUACAAGAUGAAGGUUAUAAAUACUUCAUUGCUGCUAGAAAACUUAUAGACAUUACUAAUACUCGUGAUCUCAAUUCGAUACAGACCGUACUGAUGCUUUUCAUCUUUUUGCAGUGUUCGGCCCGUCUAUCGAGUUGUUAUACAUAUAUUGGUGUAGCCAUGAGAAGUGUGCUGAGAGAAGGGUAUCACAGAGCUUCGGAUCCAAAUGAUCCUAAUAUCAAUCCAAUUGAACUGGAAAUGAAAAAAAGACUGUUCUAUAAUGUUUACAAAAUGGACAUUUACAUCAAUGCUAUGUUGGGAUUGCCAAGGUCUUUAAGGGUUGAGGAUUUUGACCAAACUUUACCAAUAGAGUUGUCUGACGAGAAUAUUACUGCAGAAGGUUACUUUUAUGAGAGACAAAAAGGUGAGCUCUCUAGCAUUGCAAUUUCUAACCAACACACCAAACUGAUAAUGGUAUUUGAUACAAUUGUCAGUGAACUUUACCCUUUGAAAAAGACCAACAAUAUGAUUUCACAUGAAACUGUUACAAGACUGGAGGCUAAACUGACGGAAUGGGUAGAUAAUCUACCAGUAGAAUUGAGACCUACCACAGAUGCUAUCCCACCAAAAUAUGAAAGAGCAAAUAAACUGUUGCAGCUAUCAUUUUUACAUGUUCAAAUUAUUCUUUAUAGACCGUUCAUCCACUAUCUGUCCAGAAAUUUUACUUCAACUGUAAAACCAGAUAAAUUAUCUUUGGAACGAGCCAGGAAUUCUCUAACGGUAGCAAGAACCGUGAUAAGAAUGGCUCAGGAAUUAAUAAAUAAAAAUUUAAUUUCUGGUUCGUACUGGUACGCGAACUAUACUAUUUUUUAUUCAGUUGCCGGCUUGUUGUUUUACAUACACGAAGCUGAACUUCCGGACAGAGAAAGUGCAAAGGAAUAUUACGAAAUUCUCAAGGAUGCUGAACAAGGCAGGAACAUCCUAAUGCAAUUAAAAGAUACGAGUAUGGCAGCUAAUAGAACUUAUAACAUUUUGAAUAAGUUAUUUGAAAAAUUGAAUGCAAGGACGAUACAAUUGUCAAUGACUCAUAAGUCACCCUAUGAGGCACAGGCAUCAAUUUUGAGCUCUAAUCUUAAUGCUGAAAACAAUAACAUGGAGUCUUUAGUGAAUAUGAGUCCGCAGACCAAUUCCACUAAUGGUGCUGCGGAUAUAGACACUAACUACAAUUUUGACAAUUUCAUAAAAAACCUGAAUUCCUCUUCCCCAUCACAGGCUUCGGUUGCUCCUGUUAUGUCUAAUCUUUCGAUUGAAAAUAUUGCUUCAAACGAUGGUAAUGGCCGUUUAAGCAGUUUAGAAAAUGAUGACGAAGAGAGCUCCACAUCUAAAAGUAUUCCUAUCGAAAGCAUGUUCAUUAAACAGAACUCUAGAGAUGAUAACAUUAACGAUAGAAAGAUAUAUGGGUUGGAUCAAGCUUCAAAUCUCCCUUAUGACGCCUUUAAGAAUAACGGCGAGAAUGAUAACACUGGGGCUAUCAAAAAUGUUGAAGCGCUUAGCAAAGAAGAUAGAGAGAAAUUUGCUCUGCUCAAUUCGAACAGUGAUAUACUAAAUGUCUUUGAUGAACUAGAUACCCAGUUAUUUGGCAAGUAUGUCAGAAACCCGCUGCCUUUGCCUGAUGAUACCAGUCCGGCAAACUGA